ACAUCUUUGUACCGUUCCCAUGGAUAAACAAGUGUGUGAGCUGGGGUGAUUAGAAAAAGGGUGCGCCUUUAUUUGCCAAUCUCUAAACAGGAGGGAGAGGGACGGUGACCUUGCUUGGACUGGGUCUGCGAGCUGCGCGGUCUCCCACCAUUAUCCCUCGCCUCUCGCCGGUCUCCGCCCUUUCUACCUCGGCUGUCCCGUUGCGUGCGGUGCUGUUCUUGGGCGACGAGGGCGCCAUGCCUGGGUGACUGGGUGUGGGUGUGAGCUGGGAGGGGAUAAUGCUCCCCGGGCAUCACUAGCCUGCGCCGCCGUCAGCGCAGGGGGAGGAGGCAGGCAGAAGGGGGAGGGGGAGGAGAAGAAGCACAGUUCCUUCAAGUUCUUGGUUGGAUGCAGCGAAGCGAAGCGCAGGCCAGGAAGGCAUCCCUCGCCGAGUCCGUGCUAGCAGCCAUCUCCGAGCUCAUGUCGUCGGCAGCAGCCAUCGAUGUUGAGCAGGAGAACUUCAUGGACGUGGACAGCCACCUCCACCAUACGGCAGCCCCGGGCACAAUGGAGCUGCAGAAGGCGCAGCAUUCGCCGACCAACACGCUGCACGUAAUGGAGUAUCUGGCUGCCAAUGUCGACCUCGCCAAGGACCUCGUCGCAAAGUGCAGCGCCGCCGCGCAGCGGCUCAUGGAUGACGACCUCCUGGGCAUAACCGAGGACUUGGAUAAUGUCAUAAAGAAUAUAAGCAAUGAGCUCAGCAGGAUACCAGUAUCGACGUUUACUAGCAGCAGGUUUGCAGAGCCAGCAGUCAGUGGACACCUUCAGGUUGUCAGGAACCGGCACGAUCUGUAUGAUCAGCGUUCCUGUGAUGGCUACUCAGAGGGUGAUAUGUCGAUGGUUGUGUCCAUGGAAAGACCUAGGAGAAGAACAUUGCACAACAGUGACAUGCCGAGGCUGGUGGACUUCUUGCAGGGGAUGUACCAGGAGUCACAUGAGUUUGGUGGCCAGUCCUUCAGUUCCCUCCCUGAAGUCGCGGAAUAUGUUGAGCCGUUGUAUGAUUCUUUCUUCUGUCCGCUGACAAACAAGGUCAUGGUAGAUCCAGUAACAACGGAGAGUAGUGUGACUUAUGACAGGAGAGCCAUUGAGGAUUACUUUGAGAAGUUUACAGAUAGCUCUGAACCUGUGAUAUGUCCUGUUACAAAGACCGCAAUGCAGAGCAAGACACUAAGGAGCAAUAUUCCACUGAAGAGCACGAUUGCAGAAUGGAUUAUGAGGAAUGAAGCGACACGGAUCAGGAUCGCACGUACUGCACUUUCUAUGGCAACCACAGAGGCGAUGGUGCUUGAGGCCAUACAUGAGCUGAAGGUGCUGGCCAGGCUGAGGAGAAAGAACAGGGAUCAGAUGCACAAGAUUGGCAUCACCAAGUUCCUAGCGCGGCUUCUGGACCACAAGGAUGCGCUUAUUCGGUGUGACUCCCUGGACCUUCUCUGCCUGUUGGUUGAGGACGAUGCAGGAAAGGAAAUCAUUGCAAAAACCAGAGCCGUUUCAAGGACGAUAAAGCUGCUUUCUAGCAGUAGUACUGAUGAAAGGCAUGCAGCUAUCUCUUUCUUAGUGGAGCUUUCGAAAUCAGAGUUACUGUUGGAGAACAUUGGUUCAACUGCUGGAAGCAUACUAAUUCUCACCACAAUGAAGUUCAACGGCUCGGAUGAUCCCAUUGCUGCCGAGAAGGCUGGAGAGGUCCUAAAGAACCUAGAGAAAUUACCAAAGAAUAUCAAGUACAUGGCUGAAAGUGGCUACUUGGAUCCUUUGCAAAGGCACCUAGUUGAAGGGUCAGAAGAUGUGCAGAUAGAAAUGGUGAGCUACCUUGGGGAGCUAAUUCAGAAACAGGAGAUGACCAUCAACAUUGCUGGGAGCGCAUCAGAGAUCCUCAUCAAGAUGGUGCGCAGUGGCAAUACAGCAAUUCGCAAGGCAGCGCUCGACGUCCUGGUCCAGAUCUCCUCCCACCACCCCAACGGCAAGACGCUCGUGGAUGCUGGUGCUGUCCCAGUCAUGGUCGAGGAGCUCUUCAUCCGAAAGAUUGAUGAGGAACCCAUGGGCUCUAAGACGGAGGCUGCCGCUGUGCUAGCCAACAUUGUUGAGUCUGGCUUGGAUCCUGAGGCCAUCGUUGUCAACAAGGAAGGCCACGUCAUCACGUCCAAGUACUCGGUGUACAACUUCGCUCACAUGCUCAAGUGUUCCAUGCCUGACACCCUCAACCUCAGCAUUGUGCGCGUGCUGCUUGCGCUCACCGCGCUCCCCAAGCCUCUCGCCACGGUGGUCUCAGUCAUGAAGGAGCAGGACAGCAGCCAGACUGUGAUUGAGCUCAUGGGUUCACUGUCAGAGUCACUUGGCAUCGCCGCGACGAGGUUGCUCAUCGCGUUGUCCCCGCAUAUGGGGCAUACCAUUGCCGAGAAGCUCUGUAAGGCCCCGGGGCAGCCAGGGAAGCUUGUCAAGAGCAUCGGUCUGAAUGGGCGGAUCUCCGAGCGGCAUGCCGUGUUGGCAACGCUCCUGGCGAAGCUGCCGUACCAGCACAUUGCUCUGAACCUCGCGUUGCUGAACCGGGGCGCCGUGGCGACCGCGCUGGCCAAGAUAGACGAGAUGCAGUGCGGCGAGACGAGGGCAAGCCGCCACGCGAAGGCGUACAUGGAGGGCCUCGUGGGCACGCUCGUCCGGCUAACGACGACUCUGUAUGACCCGGACGUGCUUCUGGCGGCCAUGAAUCACAACCUCACGUCGGUGCUCACUGAUCUCCUGGUGCGGUCGGCGGGCAGCGACGAGGUGCAGCGGCUCGCUGCGGUCGGGCUCGAGAACCUCAGCAGCCAGACGCACAACCUCUCCCAGCCCCCGGCCGAGGAGCGGCGCCCGAAGAAGAAGAACAUCCUGCAGCGCCUGCGCGAGGCGCAUGCCGCCGGGCGGGUGCACGACAACCGGCGGCCACCGGCGCACAGCCGGGUCUGCCCGGUGCACCGCGGUGUGUGCUCCCCGUCGACGACGUUCUGCCUUGUGGAGGCCGGCGCGGUGGAGGGCCUCCUGUGCGUCCUGGAGAGCAACGAGAGCGGGCGCGUGGUGGAGGCCGCGCUCGGCGCGCUGUGCACGCUCAUGGACGACGCCGUGGACGUGACGAGCGGCGUGGCCGUGCUCGCGGAGCACGACGCGGCGCGGCACGUGCUGCGGGCGCUGCGGCAGCACCGCGAUGACGGGCGGGGUGCCGGCGACGGCGGGACGGUGGCGCGGAGAUGCUUCUGGGCGGUGGAGAGGUUCCUUGCGCACGGCAGCGAGCGGUGCGUGAGGGAGGUGACCGGCGAUCGGGCGCUGCCGAGCUUGCUGGUGGGCGCCUUCCACAAGGGCGACGCCGCCACCAAGCAGGCAGCCGAGAGCGUGCUCCGGUGCCUGCACCGCAUGCCGGACUACUCCGCCACCUACGAGUCCGUCGAACUGUAAUAAACACUUCGAUGCGCGCGCUUGUGCAUCUCUUCUUGCCUCCAUUUUCGAGCUUCUCUUCUUUGCCUUUCUUGGCUUUGUGUGUAACAUGGGUUGAUGCAUUGUUUGGUGUAGCUAAAGGAAAAUAGAAGGAAAGGAAAAAACUGGAGAUGCCGUGUUAAUGUAUUGCAAGUAUAACUACAGGUUUUAUAGCAAGGGAAGAUAGCCUUUUGAUUA